AUGAAUACCCCUCGUGUCCCUUGCUACUGGCCUGGCUGCCAAAAAUCGAUGGUGCUGAAUUACCUUGGAAGACAUCUUGAACGGGAGCACAAUAUUAUUGGCGGAUUUGGCUGCCAUCACUGUGGUUUCAAGGCAACUAGUGAAGAAGUUGUCCGUGUUCACAUAAUCCAACACCAUGGAUUACAGGAAGAGCCACGUCGAGCCGAGCGUGCGUUAGCCCUGUACUACCGAGAACGAUUUCGACAAGAUGAUCCCUCUGUGCGAGACCUUCCUCUCAGCGCCUUUUGGAAUCGUGGGCGUGAAUCCUUUUCCAAAACUGACGGUCGCUGUCGCAGCUGCAACGAUAUCAUCGAACCCUACACGAAGGCUUAUCUCAUGCGCCACAUGGGCACGAAACAUACUAUUAUCGUCGACUUGGACUUCACAAGAGUAUGUAGCAGCCGUGCCGUUGAUGAGCUUCCAACCGAUAUCGACAACCUUGUGUGGAAUGAUAAUGAGUCUGAAUUAUCUGAUUAUAAUGAACAAGAAGACUUCGGCCGCUUCUUUGACGAAGACGAUGAGGAUGGAAAGGAAAAAGGAACAUGGAAAGACUCCCAGGAAUCGAUUGAAAAUGGACAACAUGAGGGGCCCGUUUCGUGCGGAGAUCAUAAAGGGACCCCCAAAGCCACAUUGUCAUCUACUCCAAUGCGCGAUCAUGACGCAGAGCGCCUCCAAUCGACCUUUAUAAGCUGCAUUCGAGAUGAAUCAGUCAAAUAUUUCGAGGAAUCUUUUAAGGUGUACGAGACUAGAGCUUUCGCAGACAAGACAUACCGCGUCAACAAAAAUUUGCCUCCUAGGACGAAACUUGAUUGCAAGGACAUCGUUUCCGCCGUACUCAUAGACGGUAACUGGAAUUGCGAAGUCCCUCAGUGUGGUGCAGUCCUUGACGAAACGUUCGAGAUUGACGUACAUCUUCAAGCGCACAGUGCGAUCUUUUGGACGAAGUGGUAUUGCGGCGACAUUAGCUGUUAUACUGGCACUGAGAGAAUCUUUGAUGAUUGUGGGAGCUUUGACUCGCACGUCGUUUCUGAGCAUAUGAGCUCGAACUAUAGCGUCGCAGCCGGACGUCGUGUUCCUAAGCGCGAAGUCUUAGUAACCAGUCUCCUGAAGCAUUUGAAACUUAUCCGGAUAUUCAGCGAUCGAUCAAAGGACGAAGACAAGACCAUGACAGUACCGAUAACUUUCGUUGUUGACCAAGAACAAGAAAAUACCAAUUCGGAACCCAAAAACUAUGGCCCAUCACAAGCUGUCGAACAGGAAUACCGUGCAUGGUCCAAAUUCGCUCUGCAGUUUGGAAUGGACGAAGACCCUGGGUCGGAUGAUGAAAUUCCGUUCCUCGAGCCCCAUUACGACCGCCCGAUAUAUUUUCUUCCCGAGGCGUCAAGAGAUGCUCACCGUUCAAUAUACUUGGUUCAAACGUUAACAUUUUGCACGAAAAUGUAUGAGGAAGACGCUUGGAAUUUCAUCAAGCUCUAUCACAAACUAUGCAGCCAAUGUGAGACCAACAAUGUGAGCGUACUCCGCAAAGCCCUCGGCUUGCCUCAGUAUGAUGUUUUACUGGAUCCCGGUCAACCAAAAUCCAAGGACCGGAUUCUGUGGUGGCCUGGACAAGACGGCACUCAGGACGGCAACUGUAGCCUUGUCCAUGUUUGGAGGUGCCCAUGGCCAACGUGUGGGCACACGACCGCCUGGGAAUACUACUUAGUUGUCCAUUUCUUAUCAACUCAUCUAAAUUGCCGCUGGAAAUGCCCUGAACGAGGUUGCGAACAUUGUUGUUAUCGCAAUCCUCAUCAACUCGAGCAACACCGAAUGAACUGCCAUGUUGGAAGCCCACUUCAAUGUGGCCACCAGGACUGCAGCGGAGUAUUUGUCCGGGACUCCUGGAGAAGUAGAGGCUAUAUGAAUUAUGAUAGUCUCCGGGCGCAUUUGGAAAUAUACUUCAACCGGAACCUUGAGAACUCUCGAAAUCCAGCUUCAGACUCAGGCUUGGGUUUAAAUACGUCUGGUCAAGAGCAUAAGCCUCAAAAAGCUCUUCCUACAAAAGCCGUCUAUAUGGGAAGCUAUGCCAGGGGCAGUGCUUCUUACUUAAACAAGAGUCGUCGCAUGUACCGUCGCGAACAGAAUUUCACUAUAUUAACGAGAUACAAAGUUCGACACGACAAUAUCGAAGUUCGAGGCAGCAAAGUUUGCACAGGUUUCUCUUUUGGUCAUCGUCAUUUCGCGUGCAUCGACUCGGUUUCCUUGUCACUUGACACGGCGAUGUUGAUUUAUGUUCCGUCACGUUUGCUGUUCACAGUAGCGCCUACAUGCGAUUACUGUAUUCACCUCAUGUCUUUAAUCUCACGAGACCUUGCAAACCCGCCGCAACCAUUUGUUUCACACCCAAAGACGGCAAACAUGCGCACAAGCGAAUAG